CCGAAUCCGAGUCACUUUGCCGGAACGGAUUGUCGAGCGUUGGUGAACGAAUGCGCCGAUAAAACGUUGAAUACGUGUAGCGAGAAUGCGUUUUGCAUAGAUACUCGAGAAGGCUAUAAAUGUCAGUGUAAGGAAGGUUUCAUGGACGACGAUGAACUUCGUAAUCCUGGACGAAACUGCAAAAAAGCUAAUCGCAUUUGUUCGGAAGGAGGUCAUGACUGUGAUGCGAAUGCGCGAUGUAUCGAACGAGGAGCGAGUUCGUACGAUUGUGUAUGUAGUGCUGGUUACAUCGAUAAAAGCCCAGAUCCAUCUAAACCUGGUCGAGCAUGCGUUGAGCAAGUGUGUAUGGAUCCAAGCAAGCAUGACUGUCAUCCGGCUGCGAUUUGCACGGAAGUUACCGGACCUGAACGCUACAAGUGCUCAUGCCGGGAUGGAUACAUAGAUGCGAACCCGUCUAAUCCAGGAAGAGAAUGUAAGGAGGAGGUGAAUGAAUGCUUGGAUAGUUCGUUAAACGAUUGUGAUCCAGUGGCUACGUGCCACGAUCAACAAGGAGGAUACACUUGCGUAUGUCCAGUCGGAGCAAAGGAUGUUUCUCCAGACCCGUCCAACAAGCCUGGCCGUAAAUGCGCUGUUUUGAUCGAUGAGUGUCGCAAUCCACAUUUGAACAACUGCAGUCGUUUCGCGGACUGCUUAGAUCGUGAAGAUGGCUACGAAUGCCGAUGUAAGGCUGAAUAUCACGAUAAUGACCCGUACAAUCCGGGUACAAACUGUUCAUUCGGUAAGUUCCGUUCACAUUCAAACACACUCAGAAAAUAUUUCAGAUAA